CACCUUAGGCUGUUAUACGUUUCGCCGAUAUGUAUCGAUUAACGGAUCAAUUAUGUCCGCCGAGACUGCCAAUCUGUGUAGCAUUGGUGUGACUCGCACUGUUGUUUUGAUCUGGCUGCAUCAUCAUAAGGAGCCCACGCUGUCGCGCCGUCUUUUAAAACUUGACUAUCCGCGAAAUGAGUAACAUUGUAACCUGUAAUGUGCAAAUAAACAUGACUAUAUGCUUUUGGACCAGUUAGGUUCGACGGAGAUGCACUGAGUCUGCAUCUAUGGUGAAGCGUGAUGUGCCCGCGGAGAUUGAGAAGAUCACCAAGUACCUCCAGGAGCUGAGCAGCAUGCUCACCACCACCACCGCUGAACUGGUGGAGAAGAUUAAGGCCGCUGACCUGACCAGCCAGGCUGAGGCUUACCUUCAGGAGGGCAAGGCUCAGGUGCAGCCACUGCUGGAGAAGGUCCAAGCACAGCUGAAGCCCCUGACAGCCAACAUUGAUGAGAAGCUCAAGCCCCUGUCCGGACCCAUCCUGUCCCAGAUCCAGCCUCUCGCUGCCUCCGUCGAGGCCCAGGUGGAGGAUCUCCUCAGGAAGGUGAUGGACCACACCAAGGCCCUGCUCCCUCCUCAGUAAAUCAACAGGCCCCUGCUGACUCCAAAUGUG